GGUGCUUCGGAUCCCUUCCCAACCGUUCGGCACUAAACUUGCACUUCAUCUCUCUGUCCUCAACUUUACAGCCGGCGACGACAUGCUCGAUCUUGAUAAUGCCAUCGACAAGCUGAAAGCAUGUCAUCAUCUCCCUGAGCCUGAAAUCAAGGGUUUGUGCGAAUUGGUACGCUCUAUCCUGAUGGAGGAGUCGAAUAUCCAACCAGUCUCGUCUCCAGUUACGGUCUGCGGUGAUAUCCAUGGUCAGUUGUGGGAUAUGAUUGAAAUGUUCAGAGUCGGGGGACAGCCGGGCACGACGAACUACAUACUUAUGGGGGACUUCGUGGAUCGCGGUCACUUCUCUUUGGAGACCUUCUCGCUCCUACUUGCAUAUAAAGCUAGGUAUCCUAAUCAAGUCACUCUCCUUCGUGGCAAUCAUGAGUCACGCUCAAUAACACAAGUUUAUGGCUUCUAUGAUGAAUGUCAACGCAAGUACGGCAACGCGAACGUUUGGAAAGCGUGUUGCAACGUAUUUGAUUAUCUCAACCUUGCCGCAAUUAUCGAUUCUACUAUAUUAUGCGUACAUGGCGGCCUUUCACCCGAGAUUCGCACGCUGGACCAAGUCAGGGUACUCACUCGAGCGCAAGAGAUUCCGCAUGCUGGGGCAUUCUGUGAUUUGAUGUGGUCGGACCCGGAUGAAAUCGAAGGAGGCUCCUGGUCGGUCUCUCCGAGGGGGGCGGGAUGGCUUUUUGGCGCAAAGGUCGCUCAAGAAUUCAAUCAACUCAAUGCCCUUAGCUUGAUAGCCCGUGCUCAUCAGCUCGUGCAAGAAGGUUACAAGUACAUGUUUGCCCCAGAUAACAACUUGGUGACCGUUUGGUCUGCACCGAAUUAUUGCUAUCGUUGCGGCAACGUGGCCAGUGUCAUGCAUUGCUCGUGGCAUUGA